CUCUGACCCAGACAAACAAGAAAGCAAGAAGCGAAGAACAUGGAAAAAGCAAAGCCCCUCGCCGUUCUCCUCCUCCUUGUUCCCUCUCUCAUGCUGCUCUUCUCGUCAUCGAUGGAGAUAUCCGAGGAGGAGCUCGAAGACGCGAUCUACUCUCUGCGAUCGCGUGGCUAUCGGCUCUUCGGCAACGCAAUCACCUCCUCCGACGUCUGCUUCGACCUCCUCUUCUCCAACGCUUCAUUCACCCUCUUCGCCCCCACCGACGCCUCCCUCUUCUCUAUCGACAUGGUCUUCUCAGCCUCCGCCUACUUUGAUGUCCUCCGCCACCACGUCGCCCUCGGCCGUCAUUCCCUUCCCGUCCUUCGCUCCCUAAUUCCCGGCACCGCCAUUUCCACCCUUCUACCCUCCGGCGAAAUCGUCAUCUCCCACCGCGACUCGCUUGACGUCAUCACCAUCGAUGGCGUAGAUGUUUCCCUCCCUGGUCUCUUCUACAGUCAAAACCUUGCAGUCCAUGGUCUCGCCGGAACUCUAUCCCAGCGAACGGCACAUGAAUCUGAAACCACCUCUCCGGUCUUGCGAUCGCACGAUUCGCGUCCUGGUUUUGCAAACUCUAAGAAAAGAAGCUCGGCGAUGCAUUUCGCUCUGAUGGGGCGGCAUUCUCCGGCUCCAAAACGAGCAGUUGAAACCAGGGGCAUUUUCAUUUCCCCUGUAAUGCUUCCAAUUGCAGACGAGAUCUCAGAUUCCCUUCAGACGGCAGCGCCGGCGGCGUUUUCUUGGGGCUACGGGACUUGCCGUGAAUCCGAGGACUUGUGUUCGCCGUCAAAAGAUACGACCGGCAAUCAACGCUCUCACCUGCCGUUCGGCGAAGACGAGACCAAUCUUUGAUCGAUUGUUCCGGGAUUUGUUUUGGCCACUCUCCACACUCUGAUUCAGAUAUUUUUGUACAAUUUCACUAUCAAUAAUCAUCCUUUUGCGGUGUUUUGUGAUAAAAUCUGCUCUUUACCACAUCAUAGAGCCCCAAUUCAAAUGAAAUAAUGCGGAUAAUUGCGAAA